AAUAUGGCGUCUGGAUUAGACUUCAACCUCGAAUGGGAUUGACGUUUUUACGGUUUUAUAGACAGUGUUCAUGCCAAAUUAAUGAUACGGGGAAGUUAAUUAGAAAUGAAAAGUGGCGAAACAUAUUCGAGAAAUUUUAUUUGGAAAAUAAAUGUCGUUUUGUGGCGUUUAUUCAAUAAUUUGUGAGACUCAUGUGUGGUAAUACUAAUAUUGUUUUGAGUCGGAAUCUCCUCGUACACACAUGCAUAAGAUACCGACCGGCUGAAAGAAGUUCAGCUUAAUUUUAUAGUAGAUUUGAAACACAACUCGACAACUAUACAAAGACCAAUCAUGGCUGAUACAAGACGGCGUGUAAAAUUGUAUAUGUUGAAUGAAGAUCGACAAUGGGAUGAUCGCGGAACAGGUCAUGUGUCAUCAGCUUACGUUGAAAGAUUGAAAGGAAUGGCUUUAUUAGUUAGAUCGGAGACGGACGGCUCCAUAUUACUGGAAUCAAAAAUUCAUCCAGACACAGCUUAUCAAAAACAACAGGAAACGUUAAUAGUAUGGUCAGAAUCUGACAACUAUGAUCUGGCGUUGAGCUUUCAAGAAAAAGCUGGAUGUGAUGAAAUAUGGGAGAAAAUUUGUCAGGUGCAAGGUAAAGAUCCGUCUGUUGAUAUAACACAAGAAGUUGUAGAUGAAUCAGAAGAUGAGAGAUUUGAUGAUAUGCCUGAUGCUAUGCCACCAAUUGAAUUACCUCCCUGUGAACUUAGUAAAUUAGAAGAAAUCUCAGAAUUAUUUAAUAGUGUGCUUCCGUCACCCAUACGGAGAGAAAAACUAGCUGUUUGCAUAGAAAACGAUGGCUAUAUUAAAAAAUUAAUUGACUUGUUUCAUAUGUGUGAAGAUUUAGAGAAUUUAGAAGGACUACAUCAUUUGUACGAUAUAUUUAAGAGUAUAUUUUUACUAAAUAAGAAUGCACUGUUUGAAAUUAUGUUUAGUGACGACACACUGUUUGAUAUUGUUGGUUUAUUGGAAUAUGAUCCGACUUUACCACAGCCAGCAAAACAUAGAGAAUAUUUAAAAACUAAAGCCAAGUUUAAGGAAGUUGUGCCAAUAUCAAAUCCAGAAUUACUGAUCAAAAUCCACCAAACUUAUAGAGUUCAGUAUAUCCAAGAUGUGAUAUUACCUACACCAUCUGUGUUUGAAGAAAAUAUGCUUUCUUCUCUUAGUUCUUUCAUCUUCUUUAACAAAGUGGAAAUUGUCAGUAUGAUUCAGGAGGAUGAGAAGUUUUUGACCACGUUAUUUGCUCAAUUGACAGAUGACGAGACAGAUGACAAUCAUCGACGUGAUCUCAUACUCUUCUUAAAAGAAUUCUGCACAUUUUCACAAACAUUACAAUUACCUAGCAGAGAAUCAUUUUUCAAGACAUUAUCAAACCUUGGUGUGUUAUCAGCAAUAGAAAUUAUAUUGGGUUUAGAUGAUGUCAAAAUGAAGUCAGCUGCUAUUGACAUAUUUUCAUAUAUUGUGGAAUUUAGUCCGUCCAUGGUUAGAGAGUUUAUUUUACAUGAAACACAGAAUCAAGAUGAUGAUGAUCUAUUGAUUAACCUAGUCAUCGAACAGAUGAUAAAUGAUACUGAUCCUGAACUUGGUGGAGCCAUGCAGUUGAUGGGUAUUUUAAGGUUGUUAUUAGAUCCAGAAAACAUGCUUGCCACCGCUAAUAAGACAGAAAAAACUGAAUUUUUAAGUUUUUUCUAUAAACACAGUAUGCAUGUUCUGACUGCACCGUUAUUUGCUAACACAGUUGAUGAUGUGCCAAGUAAAGAUGAUUACCAGACAGCUCAGCUGUUGAGUUUAAUUUUAGAAUUGUUAUCAUUUUGUGUUGAGCAUCAUACCUACCAUAUAAAGAAUUAUAUUAUCAGUAAAGAUUUACUACGCAGGGUUCUUGUCUUGCUCAAGUCUAGACACUCGUUUGUAGCUUUGUGUGCCUUACGAUUUAUGCGAAGGAUAAUUGGUUUGAAGGAGGACUUUUACAAUAGAUAUAUAUUAAAAGGCAAUUUAUUUAAACCAAUUGUUGAAGCAUUUAAAGCUAAUGGAGAUAGAUAUAACUUAUUUAACUCAGCCAUGAUAGAAUUAUUCGAAUUUGUUAAAGUGGAAGAUGUGAAGUCAUUAUGUGGUCACAUUGUUGAGAACUAUAUCAACGAACUGGAAUCUGUGAAAUAUGUCCAGACAUUUGAAGCAUUAAAGAAAAGAUAUGAACAACAACAAGAUCGAUUAAAGGAUCGUUUAAAUAUAGAUAGGCCUUUCUCUGAUUUCAGUCAAAAUGCGUUAGUACGUAAUAACAAUAGAUUUAGAAGAGAUGUACGUACAUUAGAGGAAGAGGAAGAAAUGUGGUUUGAUCAAGAUGAAGAAGUUCAGGAUGCUGAAACUACCUCCACAGUACCAGAUAUUCUCAAAAAUAAACUUGACUCGGAUUUUGAUCAUUUAAAUAAACUAUUAGAGAGUAAAAAAGUUAAAGAAGCAGCAGAAGUUAAAGAUUCACCACCAAAACUGCUCACAAAAUCCUCAAUUAACAUUAACAUAAAAACUAAUAGUCCGGUGAACAGUCCUAUACACUCGCCGGGUAGUCCCACCUCUCCAGGAAGCCCAGAGAGUCCAAAAAGUCCUGGAACUACUACACCAAAUUCUACCAGUCCUGGAAAUUGUAUUCUUCCUACCCCUACCCCUCAAACUUCACCCAAUAAUUCUCCAAUGGUUGACAAAACAAAUGCGGUAACCAAAAAGCCGGGUCUUGUUGGAUUGGUAGAUUAUCCGGAUGAAGAUUCAGAUGAAGAAGAGGAAACCGAUCCUAUUGCUCCUUCAGCUAAACGUGCACGUAUUGGAACGUAGUAGCUAGCCUUACUAACAAGGCUAACUUUCGUACAGAAACACUACUUACAAUACAGUCAGUGUUUUAAUAAUCAUACCUGUUAUAUCCUAUCACUGAAGACUUAUUGACGCAUUAAAACGUGUCAGUGUUUAAAAUGAAAUCUAGGAUAUAGGACAGCACGACAGAUCCCGUCUCAGACAUGCCAGACACUGUCAUCCGAAAUCAUUCCAGCAUCUAAACUUAAACAAAUUGGUCAACGGCUAAAUGAGAUGGACCAAUAAAAUGAUACUCGCUUGCCUGCUUGUCGUGUUGUUUUGACAGUAUUGACUAUUUAUUAUAUAAAGAGGGUUUGUGGAUCAGACUUAUGUUAAAAACAGCUAUGAUAAUUGAAUUAUAAAAACUACAAUGUUAUCAGAAGAUUAUGCCUUGUUCAGUGUGAAUAAAUUAUCCUCUGUAGAUACUGUAAAUUAGAAAGAUUUUUUUUUUGUUUUGAGUGGAAGGAUUGUAUGUGCUGUAUAUUUUUGAAUAAACAAAACGUGAAUGGAUUUAAAACGGAAUUGCCCGAUUAAGCUUGCAAUAUGUUGAAACAAUUCUUUUAACAAGUUAUUAAGUGUUAGUCAUAUAGAUUGAUCUUUAUUUCUAGAAAUGUCUGUUACUGAUAAAAUAAUUAUUUAUAAUUUAUCAUCGAAAAAAAAAUCAUCCAAAAGAUUGAUUUGAAAAAUAUGUAUAUGGAGUUUGGUUUCUCUUUUAUGGAAAAAGAUGAAUCACCAUUGGUAUGUCUUUAUUAAGUGCUAUAUCAUUCUUUCAUGGAAUAUAUUUUCUAUAAAAUAGAAAGUUCAUCCAGCAUUAUUCAUGUCAAGAAAUAUUGGACCUCUUUAGUAAAUUGUUCUGUUUACUUUUAAGAAAUGUUUCCUUAUUUUUCACUUGUUAAAAUCUCAAAAUUUGAUCAAUUUAGGUUUAUUAUUUUUUCAAUAGUAACAUAUUUCUAAAUGUAGAUUUUUGUCUGUUGAAUUCUGAAAUAUAUUGAACAUUAAAUAUGUUCUAUUUUACUGACAUGUAAGUAAUGGAUAACUAUGUAUAUCAUGUUAAUUUACAUCUAAGUUUCUUCUCUUAAUAUUAGGUUACCUCAUCUUGACAUAGUUAAAGGUAAACAACCACUGAUGCCCUUUCAUACAGGAUUCCAUGACAUAAAAAAUGUUAUUUAAGAAAAAUAAACCUUUCUUAAAACCACACCAAAUAAAUGGUUUUAAAAUUGGACUUGUGAGUGAACUAUUCCAUAGAAAAAUAUACCUCACGAAAAUGUGGUCACAAUCACCCUAAUUUGAAAUAAGGAACAUUUUAUCCUCCUUCAUAGCCAUAUCUUCCUUUUUGAACCAUCUUGCUGUAAAAGCCUUGUCACUGCGACGUGUUCAAUUUAUGUUUAUGGUCCAACCAGUGGUUGUUAUCUUUGUUGUGUUUAGAUGACAUUCCCAUAUUUCUCUUACAUAACUUUCAUUCCAGUCUAUAUUAAAGUGCUACCAAUUACAUAUGCUGUAUGUAAACUAUGUAGAAAAAUGAAACAAUCUGAAAAGUUUUGUGUUAUGCCGGUGAUGUUAGAAAAGAAAAAUUAAGGAAUAGUAAUGGACAAAAGGCACAAAAAAAUUCAAAGUGUAUCAUUAGAAUAAUAAUACUACAAGUGUUUUUAAAAAACAUAUAUUUUUACAUUUAUUAAUUUCUUUAGAAAGUGAAUAUUGUGUGUAAAAAAAAAAACUAGGGUAAAAAUUUGAGUUAUCUCUGGAUUCGGUGGAUAUUGUCUGCAGAUCAUGAACACCUGUAUGUGAGAUCUUGAAUGAGAAAUUAUACAGAGGAGAGAAAAGGCAGCUUCAUAUUUGUUUUUAAAAAAAAAAAUAGAACACGCGACACAAAGCUUCUGUAUAUACUUCAUCCAAACAUGUAAAAGAGUGAUUACCUUGCUGUAUAAAAAUUGAAAAGAGAAAAAAUCAAUUAAAAAAUAGAAAAUAUUAUAUCUGUUAAUAAUAAACUAUUGAAUGAUUGAGAAAAUAAAGAAUAUAUCUAUAAAAAUAUAUUAUAUUAUUUUAAGAAAAAAAUCCCAGGUGACUCGGGCUUCUGGUUUUUGCUUGAAAGAAUGGGGACACUUUUAGAUGUCUGAAUUUUUAUCAUGUAAUAUAUUAUUGUUUAAUAAAUAAACGCCAUACAUGUGUGGCUUGAUAAAUA